CUCUGUGGGGCAUGAACGACAACGUUUUCAGUGGGAAAUGUAAUUCCAACAUCUAGCGUAGCGCUAAACCCCUGGUAGCAGAGAAAAAAAUUUGACAGCAAACGAUCGUAAACCCCUUGAUUCGAGAGUUUGGAGUAAUCCUUGAGUGAUCCAAAUGAGAGGAAGCAUUGGUAGAUCCUUGUCUAAUACUAACAAUCACUACCUCACAUCUAUUACCAGAGGUACCUCUUUUCUCCUCCAAUCCUCCUUCUCCACUUCCUCCAGCUCUGGCAGCGGCCGUGGCCGUGGGGGCCCCUCACCCUCUGGUUCUAUCAUCGAUUUCACUCCGCCACCGGGAAAAUCAGGCCCAGAGGACUCAAACCGCGACUCUGCUGAAUCACCUCCAGCCGGAUUAGGCCACGGCCGUGGAAGAGGAAGACCUUUAUCCUCCGACCCCAUUCCCCACCCUUUCUCCUCUUUUGUUUCUCAAACUGGGUCUGGUCGAGGCCGAGUCACCAGCGAGUCAGUGCCACCGCCACCCCCGCCUCCAGUGCAAUCAAAGCAGCCCAUAUUCAUCAAGAAAAAAGAUGAAGAUGAAACUGAGACCUCCGCCAAGGCAGCAGCCGAGUCGAUUCAGUCGAGUGAGCCCAUCUUCCCUCCUAACUUACUCCCUGACUCAGUUUUAUCCGGGAAAGGGAUGGGAUUGCCAAUUGAAUGUGGGGGUGGGGACAGGGAGUGCACUCCUUGCCUUAUAGUCCACCCUGAUGACAUUCCUAGUCAUGACUGGUGUUUGCUAGGUCAGAAUGAGAUGCUGAUUUCUUGCGAUUUACUUGCUCUCGCUAGAAUGUGUACCUAUGUGUUUGAGAUUCCUGAAAUAGAGUUUGAACCAGAAUAUUUGAUGGAAGAGUUUGGCACAAACCCAGAUAUCGAUGAGAAACCACCUAUGCCUCUUCGAGAUGCACUUGAGAAGAUGAAGCCAUUCCUAAUGGCAUAUGAAGGAAUUCAAAGUCAAGAAGAGUGGGAGGAAGUCAUCAAAGAAACAAUGGAAAGCGUACCUCUACUGCAAGAGAUUGUUGAUUACUACAGCGGACCUGAUAGGGUAACUGCAAAGAAACAACAAGAGGAGCUAGAAAGAGUUGCAAAAACUAUUCCUGAAAGUGCACCUAGUUCUGUGAAGCAGUUUGCAAAUCGCGCGGUUCUCUCUCUUCAGAGUAAUCCUGGUUGGGGAUUUGACAAAAAAUGCCAAUUCAUGGAUAAGCUUGUGUGGGAGGUUUCUCAACAAUACAAAUAAAGCUAGAAGGCUUGUUGACGUGAUGAUACCAGUAAUUUUGGCCUCUGGAUGGGGUGAUAUCUUAUUCUGAGGCAUAUGCCAUGGGGAAAAGUUGACUGCAUUCACAAUUUUUUUUUCUGGAUAAAUGAACAGACUUUGCUGAAUAGAGAUUUUACUUUUCUAUUUACUUCUAUAUAAAAAAAGGAGGUAACGAGUCAUUUUGUUACAUUUCUCUCUCUCUCUCUCUCCCCUUGACUAAGAUAUCUUAAUUAGUGUGCUGUGCACUGCGAAUGUGCAGCUAGUUUUCUUUGGUGAAUAAAUAUGUUUUCUGGAAAGGCAACAUGGUUCAGUCAAACAGUAGUUUGAAAGUUAGUGUUCCGUUUUCGUA